CAGUGGUGAACGUCCCGACAAUAGAAAGCCAUUCAGCUGCUAUGCGCCCCGCGCCCCAUACCCCGCACAAUGGCCGUUCCUAGGACCCCCAGGGAUUCAGGCGUGUGGCACUCCUAAAUCAAAGCAAUUCUGAGGUCCAAGGUAUACCCAGCAAGAUGGCUUGUAGUGGGCCAGAGACAGCGGAAAGCUUGAUUGCAUAUAUAAUGCUUCCCGGCACAAGCCUAUAUUGGACGACAACCCUCGUUCUUUGCACGUUCCAAAAUAUCUCCGCAACCGUCUUCCACGAUGAAGUCCUUCAGAGAGCUUCCGUUUAUCAAGUACUUUACUCGAAAUUUAGCAAUUGCCACCCUUCUUAUCGGCAUGAGCGUCUUCAAUUAUGGCUUUGACAUGGCAGGCUACAACACCAUCCAGGCUAUGGAUCCCUUCAUCGAGCGUUUUGGAACCUACAACCCGACGACCAAGAAGUUCGCGAUCAGCCCCAAGAAUCUAAGCCUUUUGAAUUCUCUUCCACGCAUCACCUUCGGCUUGGGGAUCGUCAUGGGUGGUCUUCUAGGAGAGCGCUUUGGACGACGUCCCGUCUAUAUCUUGAUGCUCCUGAUUUGUGAGAUUGGCACGAUCAUCUCCUAUUUUGCCAAGAACUUUACACAAAUCCUCGCGGGGCGAAUGCUGAAUCAAAUGUACAUUGGAAUGGAAGGCUGGCUGGUUCCCAUGUUCCACGCAGAGAUUAUUCCAGCUCCAAUCCGUGGUGCCGUUGUUGUUGGCUACGUAUUCAACCAUAUCUUCGGCAGCUUUAUCAUGUCUUGUAUCACUUUCAAGACUUCACAAUGGGAUACCGACCAUUGUUGGCAAAUCCCCGUGGCGGUUAUGUUCAUCCUUCCUACCAUUGCUCUGGCGCUGUGCUGGUUUGUUCCCGAGUCGCCUCGGUGGCUUCUGCGUAGAGGCAAGGAUGAGAAAGCCUUGAAGAUGAUGCGGUACAUAUACGGAUCGAAUCCAGAAUAUGCUCCAGAACAGGAGAUGGCCUUGCUAAAAGCGUCACUGGAAAUAGAAGAGGAGAAAGGGACCUGGAAAGAACUUUUCGUUGGCACCAAUCUUCGCCGAACCUCUAUUAUCUUCUUCAUUCAAUCCUUCAACCAACUUACGGGCCAGGCGUUUGCAAGUGUAUACGGAACCAUCUUCAUCAAGAGUCUUGGGACCAUUAAUCCUUUCGCAUUUACCCUCAUCUCCAAUGGACUGGGCUGUAUCGCUCCAUUCGCUAAUUUCUUCCUCAUCGAGCCGAUGGGGAGACGCAAUAUGUAUCUUUGCUUUGGAACCCUCUCCGCUGCAUCUCUCAUUGCCUUGGGAGCACUCGGCCUUCGUUCCCCUACUUUUGGAGUUAAAGCUGGUAUUGUGUCCAUGAGUAUCAUAUAUCCAUUCUUCUACAUCAUGUCAUUUGGUGGCAUGGCGCCUGUUACAGGUGCAGAGGUACCCGCGCUCAGGCUGAGAGAUAAAGCAGCAAUCGUCGGAUGGAGCACACAAAACGUGAUGGCGUUUCUUGUCACAUUUACGGUCCCAUACCUUCUCCAAGCGCCAUAUGCAGCCCUGGGCUCAAAGGUUGGCUUUAUCUAUGGCGGUUUCUGCGUCAUGGCACUCCUGUGGGCGUGGUUCUGCUUCCCCGAGCUACGCGGUCGCUCGCUGGAGGAGAUCGAUGAAAUGUUUCAACUGAAAUUGCCAACACGACAAUUCAAGGCUUGGAAGUCAUCCGAUCCAGACAGCGUUGGUGCCAGGAUCACUAAUAUGGAAGGCCACACAGGUCACGCUGGACAUGCUUCUCAAGAGCCGAACGAAAAGAGGAUUGAUGUCGAUCAUGAAGAGGAGAUCGGUGCCUGAGAAAUUAGCAGAAAGUUGCGAUGUCGAAUAAUUUUUACGACAAAAGAAAUCAGAAGCGACGGGGCGAUUCUAGAUUGCAUCACAAUGCAACUUUCACCUCAUUUUGAAAGGUUUGGAUUUGAUUUAUAUGUACGCUACUGAAACCCAACAAAUUCGUUGUAAUCGUUUGUGGGAUCUAUGGGGCCACCAGGGCCAAGCUCAGCAAGUCCAUUGAGCCAAUCAAUGUUUAUACUAUUCCACCAAGUCUCAGGUAUUCCAGAGUUUGCUUGUAUGUUGGAAGCCGAAAUACUAGAC